AAACGAGCAGCUGGUCAGCUAAUGUUAGCUUUAUCGCUCCUGUCUGACCAGCAGAUAAUCAGCUAAAUUCCCAAUUUUGUGGCAAUUCUGCACAAACUGAACAAAAAUGUUUACUUCUCAGACGUCUUCAAUCCAGGAUUCCUUUGACGUUGAAGAAAAGGACACGGAUUUUGACAAUGAAGACAUUGUGGGAUAUAAUCAGAAAACACAGCAAUUGAACUGCUAUUAUUCAAUCUAUUUCUACCAAAGUACUAGAUCAGAGGCAGCCGACGUCCAAACGGCUAGGAGUCACAGAAGAACUGAGUCCACAACAAGUGAGGAUGACUUUAGUCUCUCAUUAGUGGACACGAGUUUGCCGUCGGAAGCUGAGCCGGAGUUGCGCUCCUACAUUUCCCGGCGGCUAAGCAAGGGGGCGCUACUGGGCGGAAUGGGCAAUAUCGCUACAGUGGAGCUCAGUGUCCCAGAACAGGCUGUUGGGUGUUACUGCUGCCUGUUGGAGCAGGAGAGAUCCCCGGACCAACCAGAAGGAGAGGGAAACGGGGACUAUGUGGUGUGUUUCCUGGGAGGGUCAGAGAAGGGCCUGAACCUCUUCAGACUGGAGCUGGAUAAGUAUGUACAGGGACUACAGAGCAGCCUCACUCCGGAGCUGCCAAACCUGGAGACCGAGAUCCGGCCGUAUCUGAGUCGCUGGUAUGAAGAGUCGGUCCUGCACAUCUACAGAGUGGUACUGCUGGUCCAGGGGAACAUCAGCUACCUGCUCCAUGCUGCUCUCAGCCACACGCACGUGGAGGUGACAGAGGCCGAGGAGAGAACCAAGGCAGACGUGGCCAGGUUUAUAAAGGCUGCCAGUCUGCAGGGCCUGGUCCAGGAGGAAACUCCCUCUUCCUCUCUGUGCAAGGCCAUGUCGGAGGAGUCUCUCUCCGACCUGCUGAUGGACUGCUCCUCCACUCCACCCACCUUCUCCAACACAGUCAGCAACCGUUUCUGUGACGACUGGGUCCAGGCGUUCCUCAACGCAGCGGAGAGCUGCAACCCCUUCCUGCUGCGGCAGAUCCUGGAGAACUUCAAACUGAAGGCCAUCCAGGACAUGAACAGCCUGAAGCGCUUCAUCCGGCAGGCGGAGAUGAGCCACUACGCGCUGUUCCGCUGCUCCCGGUUCCUGCAGGCCUGCGGGAACGGCGGCGUGCUGCUGCAGAACGCGCGCGCGGAGCACAGCGGCCUCGUCGAGGCCUGCGGCAUCAUCCGCGUGCUGGAGGAGUUCCUGAGCGAGCAGGGCCAGGAGCCGGCCGCCGCCACGCACUGACGCCUCCCGGCCAGCAGGGCGGCGACCGCCACCGCAAACCGGCCCUCGCUCAUUCCACACCCCGGGCUCAUUCCAAUCCCGUAUGUUUCUCCUCCGUUUUCUUUUUUCUUUUUUUUCUUUCUCCCUUUUCUUAUCUAGCGCCAGCCAUUGCGAGAGAGGGUAGGGGGAAAAAGAUUAAAGAGAAAGACGUACAGACGAGAACGCGAAUUAGGCAAAGGGCCUAGCUCCUUCAAAUCGCGUUGGAAGCCACGUCAGUUACACACGUGGGAAAUGCCCAAAAAAACACUUCCGCGAAGGAUGCGCUCAUGUUUUUUUGCUAAAAGGAAAUAUCGGGCGUUCCUAACGUCUACUUCUAGCUCCUAGAAGGACCAUUUAAGGGGUUAGAAUGUCCGUAAAGAUGGCGGAGCUCGAUCGAUUUCGGGGCCAGGAGCAACGAAAGGGGAAAACUGGAGAAUAAUAAGAGAUUGGAAUGAGCCCCACUUUAGCGCCCGAGGCACUGUCCUUCCCCUCAGUGAAGCCUGUAGGGCAGCAGCUUUUACAACUACAAAACUUAAGAGCGACAGUUUGGCAAACUAGCUCACCCAGUAACAUUGAUAGACAGAGAUUUGAUGAAAAUACAUUGAGUAAAAACUCCCUGUACACCAUCUGUGGUUGGUGGAGCUGAACCUGCUGCCUUCCAGUGAGGGAAGGAAGGUACCGUGGGCCACUUUAGCCGUGCGACCGCAGAUCAAGAGCACGCAUCAAGAUUAACACACAUUUAACAUACCUUUCCAAGUUAACUGGCUCUGCCCUUCACGAGAGAUUUCAUAUAUGGAGCAAAGCUGAUUUUAUUUUUUAAAGUCCCGACUGGCUAAAAUGUCAAAACGUCCUUUGAGAAGGACCAACUGAAGAAAAGUCCAAGAGACUUGUAGAGGUGUAGAUUUCUUUCUUUUUUUUUUUGUUAUAAUAGACUACAAUGUAAAAAUCAUAUCUGUAAAUACUUGUGUUGUGUCUGGUCCCAAUGAAGAGUGUGUGAAUCUGACGUCUCAACAUUUUUCUGUCUGCUAAAACAGGAUGAUAAACUGCAAAAUUUUUCUUUUGAUGAGUUGUGUACAGUCCCCAUGAGUUCUGUAAGUUUUGCGUCUGGUCUUGUAAGUUGUUUGAAUCUGUAAACGGAGUUAUAGUACAAUGUUAUAAGCAUUAAGUGUCUAUGUCUGUUUUAAAACCAUUCCCCCCUCCCAUUUUCUCCCCAAUUUGAAGUGGCCAAUCAUUCCCGCUCUGUGACUCUUAAUGGUGAUCUCCGCUGUCGGUUUUGGAGUGCACAGAGAGGCACGGGCCCUCCCCCAAAGCACAGUGUUACGGCUGCUUCUUUUUCACGGCCGAAAAGUUGGCUCGCACAGACAUGAGUCAGAGGAGGACACCGUAAUGCAGCUCAACAGGCCAGCCGCCAGUGCGCUUUUCACCAGCAGGGGUCGCUGUUGAGCAAGGGGAAUGACGCGUUUGAUCAUGAGAUGUGAAAAUCCGCAGACAUUUCAUACAUUAAAAACCCGUGCAUUAGGCAUUUGAGAAACUAAUCCCUUGCGGCAGAAGAAUUCUGUGCAUUAUUAAAGUAGCAUAUUGGAUGUUGAAUGAAAUGUGGUUUACAGUAAUUAUGCACAGCGUAUAUUAUUCCCAGCCCUGUGUCAUUUGAGAACUACAGCUUAUGACGCCAUCAUAAUCGAUACGAUUUGCGUAUGAGUUACAUUUUCAUAACCAGAUUUGUCUACACUCCGCGUCUAUGUCUUGUGAAAGCAAUAUUGUGUAAAAUGAAAUAUAAAACUAUGUACUGUGAAGCUAAGGAACGGUCUUUGACAGAUUAGCUGGAACCCUGGAACCCGGAACCCCAGAACCCCCACGCUUGCAGUGGUCCUGACUGUGACGAGCACUACUAUUUUGAAAUGUGUUUUAAUUUUUUAACCUCAUCUCGGUGUGAUUCAGCUAACAUUGUGAUUGAAGGCGUCUUGUAAAAUAUGUGAAAUAAAUCACAAAACUAUGA